AUGUCUCGACGUUUUGUUUCGGUAAGUUAAACUUUAAUUUUCUACUUGUUUACUAUUAAAUGAACACUUUCAGGAAAAUGCUCGCCGUAUUCAAAGAAAGUUUAAGGAUGUUCACGCUCAUAUCACUUCCAAGUGAGAAUUUGAUUUAUAAUUAUUUUUUUUAUUUUUUUUAUUUUGCUUUUAUUAUUUAAUUUAUAUGUCUUAGAUACUAUCGAGGAUUGGAUAUGGACACGCAAGAAGUCUAUAACGAUGCUCUUAUCCAGAGCAUUGAAGAAAUUGAUGGUCUAUUUCGACAACAAUGAGGUAUGCGAAACCUCUAAACUUUUUUUGUUUUCUUUUUUUAACAACUUUAAAAAAACAUUAUUCUUAUUUAAUAAAUUUAAAAACUAUUCCUGGAAAAAAAUUUGUAUUUAGUCCGCGGCCACAACGAUCCGACCAUUCUUUCACCGAAUGUUAACAACGUAUGUUUCUUUUUUUAUUAUUCCGUUAACAAUAAAUUAUAAUAUUGGACUAAUAGAUACAAAAAGUGUAUACAUAAUCAAUUAAUAACUGAAUAUUGUAUUUAGCGUUCCUCGACAUUGAGAAUCGUCCGCCGACUGGAACGACAGAUCAACGCUCUUUGUAUUCUCGCAGAUAUUGCUGAACUGGGUAUUUUUUUGCAUAUAUUUUUUUAUGAUGUUUUAUAUUUUAUUAAUUUUUGUAUUAUAGGUCCUGAACCAAAUGCAGAUGAAGCUAGAGUCUUAUCUCGAGGAGAACAGCUGAUAGAUCGACUGUACGAAACGAUUUCGCCGGAAGUGUCGCUUCGUGGUUCUGAUACUGACUCCAACUGA